AUGAAGGGUACACUAACCGGUGGCUCUACGAAACAAAAACCCGCCGGUGGAUUCGAUAGCACUCCGUUUCCCCAUGCACCACCAGGCUACACCCUUAAAUUCACCUUUCAUCGAGGCAUCAACCUUCCCUGUGGUGAUUUCGGAAGCUUCUCCUCUGAUCCAUACACGGUAGCCCAGCUAAAUGUCGAUAUUCCCAAACGACAUAAGCAGGAUAACAAUCUGACGUUCCGAACACCAACAAUACGCAAAAAUCGAGAUCCCGUGUGGGAGAGUGAAUGGAUCGUUGCGAAUGUGCCCGCAUCAGGGUUCCAGCUCAAAUGCACUGUUUAUGAUGAGGAUGCGGCAGAUCACGAUGACAAGCUAGGGAAUGCAUAUGUUGAAGUGGACUCUAUUUCGGGCCACUGGAAUGGUAUCAAGGAGCAGUCAUUCAAGGUCAAGAAGCGCACGGGCAGCAAGCGGGUCUACUUAUUCGGAAACAUUGCCGCUCUCGCUUCUGGGCGUCUGGACGUCGGAUCACAUCUCGUCAUCAGUGUAAAGUGUUUAGGAAAGACCCCAAGUGAGGAAGGGGGCCAGGUCUAUACUGUAGGACCAAAUUACUGGUUUAAGCAUUUUUCUCCACUUAUUGGACGAUUGGCCGGCACCAAAGACGAAGUUCAAAGUCAGAAUGGUAAAAAGACAAUCACUCGUUACAAUUUUCAAGCCAUUCAAAUACAGCUCAAGGGUCCUGUGCCGGCAGAGCUUUACCAUCGCUACGUAGAGUUCAAACCGUUCGUAGCGGGAAUGUUUACGUCGCAGAGUCUUCGAGGUCGUAUCCUCAACCGAGCUCUACAUCACCAGCAUCAGCGAAUUUAUAAUUUUGACAGAUCAACCCUCCAUGGCCAAUCCGAGUCGCCGUGCACUGAACUUACCCAAAAGUUUCUUGAAUUUACCCACUAUGCUCAGGGUGGGAGAAUAUUCACAUAUGUUCUCACUCUCGAUGGGCAGUUUCGUUUUACUGAAACGGGAAAAGAAUUUGGAAUUGAUUUGCUAAGCAAACAUACGAUGCACAGCAAUGUUUCAAUAUAUAUCGCUUACUCUGGAGAGUUUUUUCUCCGUCGACGAAAACAUCACCGACGGCACAUCUCGCAAAUGUCUCAGCCCUCGGAUACCGAAAUCCCCGUGGAAGAACCUCUACAGGAUCAAGAGAUAUCAACUAACCCUGCAGACUAUGAGCUUUUCAUUGAUAAUGAUAGCGGUACCUAUCGCCCGAAUGGUCAGAAGCUUCCUCUCUUGAAGAAAUUCAUUUCAGAAAGCUUUAUCGGUCUCCAUAUCACCACAUUGGACUGUACAGAAGAUGCUGAAAGAAUGGGAGACUUGAAAGAUGAGCAGAGAGAAUUCAAGAACAAGGAAGGUGGUCAGAUGACCUUCCUCCAACAGAGCAGCGCGUCAUCACUUUCCAUAUCGAGCUCAGACGAGGAAGAACUUGAUGAACGCAGUGGUAUCGCAUCAAAGAAGCGAGGCGAGUUUGCCCAGAAGGUGCACGACAUGCGUGAUGUGAAAGGACAGGUCAUGAAGUGGGCACAGGCGGGGCACAAAAGUACAGGUGUUUCCGCACACGGCGAGGAGAUGAAGCCGACUUCUGCUUCAGGGAAUCGACCCUCAAAAAUCACGCAAGAAGGUACUGCUCCUGAUAAACAACCGGACAAUAGCUCUACCAAGCUGUGA